UUUGUUUCCUGGAGUGUCUGAAAGAGAUCAGUCCUAACCUGCCCUAGCAGGAAUAACGGUCCUUCCGAACCACUAUUUCUAAGGCUUUAUUAUCGUUGCAAGGAUCCCUGCACAUUUCUCUCCGCAAUUUCUUAACGCUGCAGUCUUGUGUUAUCACUACAACCGAAGUCAACCGAAAAGAUACUACUAUACGAAAUCAGAUAUUGAGCCUGCGUGUUGCUGCUGCUGCUGCUGCUGAUUCAAGGAGUCGAGUCCAUGCGAGCUGCCAUCUGAUCCACUCUUAUCAAUGAAGCACGAGAUCAUGGCGGAUGGCCCCAGGUGUAAGAGGCGAAAACAAGCCAAUCCAAGAAGGAAAAACGAAGCAGCGUUGAAUUAUGAGAACGUGAUGGAUACUGGUUCAGAGACAGAGGAUGAGGACAAGCUGCUGGUAUCAGAGGAGGACGGCCUACUUAACGGGGUGGGCAGCCCUGCCAGCCUGAAUAACCACGACGCUGGAUCCCCGAGGGUGGGCCACGCCCUGACGACAAAGGAGGAUGAGGACGAUGACAUGAGGGACAGCGGAGUAGACCAUGUCUGGCAUGACAACGACAUGCUGCACGCCUCAGUCGACGGUACUGAUGAAAUGAAAGACGAUUAUGACACUUUGGGGCCUGACGCCACUCUUCAGACAGUUGGAAACGGUACAGUUAAGAAUGUUGUUGAUUGCACUUCAGAGUUUGAGGAGUUCUUCGCUAAGCGCAGCAAGCUCCAGGAGGAGAGCCUGAGCGAGAGCCACAGCCACGUGGUCAGCAUCGCUGAGUACCUGCAGCGGGGCGACACUGCCAUCAUUUACCCAGAAGCACCCGAGGGAGAGGAGCUGUCCCGUCUGGGCACGCCCGAAGCGCCUGAAACAAACGGCCAGGAGGAAAAUGACCUGCCACCUGGAACUCCAGAUGCUUUCGCCCAACUGUUGACCUGCCCCUACUGCGACCGGGGUUACAAGCGCUUGACAUCGCUCAAGGAGCACAUCAAGUACCGCCACGAGAAGAACGAGGAGAACUUCGCCUGCCCCCUGUGUAACUACACGUUUGCUUACCGCACUCAGCUUGAGCGACAUAUGGCCACGCACAAGCCCGACAGAGAUCAGCACCAACUGCUGAACCAGGGGGCUGGCAACCGCAAGUUCAAAUGCACAGAAUGUGGCAAGGCCUUCAAAUACAAGCACCAUCUGAAGGAACACCUGCGGAUUCACAGUGGUGAGAAGCCAUACGAAUGCCCAAACUGCAAGAAGCGCUUCUCCCACUCAGGCUCCUACAGCUCUCACAUCAGCAGCAAGAAGUGCAUCGGCCUUAUAGCAGUCAACGGGAGGAUGCGCAACAACAUGAAAACAGGCUCAUCCCCUACAUCAGCCUCGUCCUCCCCCACUAACACCGCCAUCACCCAGCUGAGACACAAGCUAGAGAACGGAAACGGAAACGGCAAGCUCCUGGGCCACCACCAGGACCAGAACAACCACCACCUGAACAUCAAAACAGAACCACUAGACUUCAACGACUACAAACUCAUGAUGGCCUCCCAUGGCUUCGGCGCACCUGGGCCCUUCAUGAACGGAGGGAUGGGGGGAAAUAGCAGCCCGCUAGGGAUCCACUGCUCAGCCCAGAGCCCCAUGCAGCACCUGGGGAUGGGGAUCGAACAACAGCUCCUGGGCUACCCGUCCCUGAGCAACAACCUGAGCGAGGUCCAGAAGGUGCUCCAGAUCGUGGACAACACUGUGUGCAGGCAGAAGAUGGACUGCAAACCGGAGGAGAUCUCCAGGCUCAAAGCUUACAUGAAGGAGCUCGGCAACCAGAUCGAGGAGCAGAAACAGGGACUGACGUCACAGGGGGGUCACCAGGUUGGUCUUCCAGUCGUCAGCCAUAAUGGUGCCACUAAAAGCAUCAUCGACUACACAUUAGAAAAAGUGAACGAAGCCAAAGCUUGUCUCCAGAGCUUGACCACAGACUCAAAGAGACAAAUUAGCACUAUCAAACGCGAGAAAUCCAACCACAUGCUAGAUUUAGGUACAGAGGAUAAGAUGCAUGAGAACAACAUUAUGUUUACACCCUUUGCUUGCCAAUACUGCAAAGAAGCCUUCCCAGGUCCAAUUCCCUUGCAUCAGCAUGAACGUUACCUGUGUAAAAUGAAUGAGGAGAUCAAGACAGUUCUCCAGACUAGCGAGAACCUUAUGCCCACAAAACAGGGGAUGUUUACAGAGAAGCAUGCCCUCCUGCUCUCGUCCAUGCUGUCUGAGAAAAGCCCCAUCAACCCGUACAAGGACCACAUGUCAGUGCUCAAGGCCUACUUCGCUAUGAACAUGGAGCCCAAUUCAGAGGAACUACUGAAGAUCUCCAUAGCAGUCGGCCUUCCUCAGGAAUUCGUCAAAGAGUGGUUCGAGCAGAGGAAAGUUUACCAGUACGGCACCCCAAGAACUCCACCAUUAGAACAACAACGGAGCAACCAUGCAGAUAUGGUUCUAGCCGCAAGCAACCACAACCACACUCCCUCUAAAGACUCAAUGGCAGCUAGAUCCCCAGUGUCCCUGAUCAAGUAUAAUGACCGUGACCGCAACCGGGACCACCGUAUCACGUCCCCCUCCAUUGCAGAGCUCCAUAACAACGUCAGCAGCUGUGAGAACCAGCUCAGACUCAUGAAGGCUAAUACGUUCAGUGGACACACCAAACACAUGGGUGACCACUCCAAAUUGGACCACCAGUCCAGGAGCAGCACACCUUCACCUUUGAACCUUUCCUCAACAUCUUCCAAAAACUCCCAGAGUAGCUCAUAUACUCCAAACAGCCUGAUGUCUGAGGACCUGAACCUCAACAUGAACCUGUCUGAACAACCACUGGACCUGUCACUGCCAAAGCUCAUGAAGGAGCCCAAACAUGCCAUGACCGUGAAGAGCAGACCUAAACUAAACAGUAUUAACCACCAUGACCACUCCAGUGUUCCCUCCCCACGAGAACACUUCGAAGAGCCACUUAACCUGGCCUAUCUCAAGAAGGAGUUUGAAGCCAGAGGCCAGAACCACCACAAUGGAGACCUCAACAAAAGCACCAGCCCCUUGUUCGGGAUGAACCCCUUCGGUGCCAAACCUAUGUACACGUCGCUUCCGCAACAGAGCGCGUUCCCACCUGCCACCUUCAUGUCUCCGAUGCAGGCCAGCAUGCCUGGGCUGAGGCCAUACCCAGGUCUGGAUCAGAUGGGCUUCCUACCACACAUGGCCUACACUUAUGCAACAGGAGCAGCUACCUUUGCUGAAAUGCAGCAGCAGCAGAGGAGAAAAUACCAGCGAAAGCCAGGUUUCCAGGGGGAGCUGCUAGACGGAACAGCAGAUUAUAUGUCAGGACUGGAUGACAUGACCGAUUCAGACUCCUGUCUGUCCCGGAAGAAGAUUAAGAAGACAGAAAGUGGUAAACGGCCACACCAGUGUCAAAUCUGCAAGAAGGCAUUCAAACACAAGCACCACCUUAUAGAACAUUCACGACUGCACUCUGGCGAGAAACCGUACCAGUGUGACAAGUGCGGGAAGCGCUUCUCUCACUCGGGCUCUUACUCCCAGCACAUGAACCACCGUUACUCUUACUGCAAGAGGGAGGCCGAGGAGAGGGAGGCGGCCGAGAGAGAGGCCCGGGAGAAGGGCCACCUAGAGCCCACAGAGCUACUAUUGAGCCGGGCCUACUUACAGGGCAUGACUCCUCAGGGCUACCCCGACCUGGAGGACCGCGAGGGCAUUCUGAGGGAAGGAGGGAUGAACGGAGGAAUGAGAGAUCGUCAGAAGGAAGUUGAAGGAACGUAUGUGAAAAUAGGACGUAGGGAAGAGGAUUUUGAGGAAGAGGAAGAGGAGAGCGAGAACAAGAGCAUGGACACAGAUCCAGACACGCUGAGGGAUGAGGAGGAGAACGGAGAGCACUCGAUGGACGAUAGUUCGUUGGACGGGAAAACAGAAACCAAAUCGGAUCACGAGGACAAUAUGGGGAAUGGCAUGUAAUAAAACUACUGCAUUUAAAAAGCUUCCCAUCUUACUUUUCUGUUCAUUAUUGUUACCUGCUUGGUUUUUAACGCUGCUUUGUUGAAGCUGUACAUGCACGUGCCUGAAGCUUCUAGGAAGCUUUGUAUUGAAGGACUCAAGGGGUGGUGGUUGUAUAUGUCUGCCCAAGGAGACAUUGAUUUGAAGUUUGA